UCAUCGCAUCUGCUUCAAGCCUUCAAGCAGGUCCCUUUCAUUACCAGUACUGUAGAUAAACACAAACCCCUCUCUGUCUCUCUCGCGUAAUUCUCUUCAUUUUCUCGAUUUCUCGCGAUCGUUUCAACCCACCGUCAAUUUUAUUUAUUUCUUUUAGUUUCAGUCGAGUUUUGGUUUACAAAAAUCGGUGAUAUAAAUCUUCCAUCAGGCACUGCGGUUUCUGAAAUCAAUUAUUCAGAUCGGAGCUUUUCACUAUAAACCCCAAUUCUUAAAAGAGGUGUGAUUUAUUGGGCUAAAUAUGUCUAAUUACCAAGGGGAUGAUGCUGAGUAUAUGGCAGAUGAGUAUGACAUUGAAGACAUAGAUGAUGAUGUGGAUGAACAAUUUCGUGGCAGAUAUAUAGGCGGAUCAGAUUCUGAAUUCGAGGAAUUUGAAUACUCGAAUAAUAAGUCAACUGAUACUUCUGCUGCUCAAGCUAGAAGGGGUAAAGAUAUCCAAGGUAUACCUUGGGACAGGCUAAGUAUCACCAGGGAAAAGUACAGACAGACUAGGCUAGAAGAGUAUAAGAAUUAUGAAAACAUCCCUCAGUCUGGAGAAGGGUCAGGAAAGGAUUGCAAGAUUACUAGGAAAGGGGCUUUGUUUUAUGAGUUCAGAAGAAAUUCUAGAUCUGUGAAAUCCACGAUUCUUCAUUUUCAGCUAAGGAACUUGGUUUGGGCUACGUCAAAGCAUGAUGUCUACCUUAUGUCACAUUAUUCAAUCGUUCAUUGGUCUUCGUUAACUUGCAGCAGGUCUCAGGUUCUCAACGUGUCUGGCCACGUGGCACCAACCGAAAAACACCCUGGCAGUCUCUUGGAAGGAUUUACGCAGACUCAAGUUAGCACUCUUGCAGUAAAGGAUAACUUGCUAGUUGCUGGUGGAUUUCAGGGAGAAUUAAUAUGCAAGCAUCUGGAUCGAUCUGGAGUGAGUUUUUGUUCUCGGACAACAUAUGAGGAUAAUGCUAUUACCAAUGCUCUUGAUAUCUAUGUCAAUCCUAGUGGUGCAAUCCAUUUCACUGCCUCAAAUAAUGACUGUGGUGUCAGAGACUUUGAUAUGGAAAAGUAUCAACUCUCUAGGCAUUUUCAUUUUCCUUGGCCAGUGAAUCAUACUUCAAUGAGCCCUGAUGGUAAGCUUCUAAUCAUCGUUGGAGACAACCCAGAUGGUAUUUUGGUGGAUUCUAAUACCGGAAAGACCAUCAUGCCAUUUUGUGGGCACUUAGACUUCUCAUUUGCAUCAGCAUGGCACCCUGAUGGUGUCACAUUUGCUACAGGAAACCAAGACAAAACCUGCCGAGUUUGGGAUGCAAGGAAUCUAUCUCAGUCUGUUGCUGUUUUGAAGGGCAACCUUGGAGCCAUCCGGUCCAUUCGUUAUUCAUCUGAUGGUUCUUACAUGGCUACAGCUGAGCCUGCUGACUUUGUGCAUGUGUAUGAUGUUAAAAGUGGAUAUGAAAGGGAGCAGGAAAUUGACUUCUUUGGUGAGAUAUCUGGGAUAUCAUACAGCCCAGACACAGAGGCACUGUUUAUUGGUGUUUGGGACCGAACAUACGGUAGCCUCCUGGAAUACGGUCGUUGCCGAAACUACUCAUACUUAGAUUCCUUAAUUUGAGAUGGAUGUGUGAUGUGCAAAUAAGUGGCAUGUUGAUGCAGUGUGUACUUUCGUUCUAUUGAGAAACUUAGUAUCAUGCACACACAUAUGUAGGAGGGAGAUAAAAAAAAGUAGUUGUAAAUGUAAUAUGAUGUGCAAUGUCUUAGUUGUCAUAGUUCGCUACUGGUGGAGUUGAGUUGAUGCUGAUGAUCAUGAAGGGGAGGGAAUGUACAGAAGGCUGGAAAGCAAACAAGCACUGUUCUAUUUGAGUUAUAAACAAUUGACAGAGAUAAAACUUUGGCAUCCUGAUUAACAGGACAAUUAAUUUCAUCAAUCAAUCCUGCUUUUUUUUA